GUCUUUAUUUAAAAAAGAAAUUAUAUUUUACUGUUUGGUAGGCCAGUGGGUUAUUACUUUAUUUUCAGACUGACUAUUAUAAAUAGUUAUAAAACUCAAGAAACAAUUCAAAUCAAUAACCUUGUUGCCUUCACCAGGAAUAGUAAUGAUCUUUUAUUGGUUUAUAUUCACUGAAAUUUAACAGUCUGAUUUAUUCUUUUCACACAUUCAUUGAAUUUAUUUAAUUAAUUCCUUGAGGAAAAUAAUUAGUGUUGUAUUUUACUCAAUUUAACAUAAUACACAUGACAGUGCCACUACAGCAGAGAUUGCAUUUAUUGAAUUGAUCAAAAAGAUCUGUUUGACUAAGUUAUAUGGAGCAAAUAAUCAGAAAAAAAUAUUAUCUUUAUGCACAGUGUUGAGCAGAACACAUCAGCACGUGUCAGAAAACGGACACUUUGACAGAUACAUCGACUUCUAUCUCCAUCUAGUGCAUGAUCCAGAAAUUAGUUCAACUGUGUUGCAUGAGGUUACUGCAACUUGGAAACUCUUGAGUCAGAGCAAAUCUAUAAAAAUAAAUUGAAAAUCACAAUUGUGUACACUUCAUUAGAAAUAAUUGUUCUGUGGACAUCCACAGGGCAAUUAUUAAUAAUAAUUUACCUUAAAAUGAAACGACAUGUAAAACUACUAACCUCAGACAGGAUACAUGAGCUGGCAUCCAUCAGGUGAGAUAUCCACAUCAGAAGCAAAGGGGCAGCUUCAAGGCCACCCCUUUGGUCCCACCCUUGAAAGCUUGUGUAACUUAGUAUCUGUAGAUGUACCAAGAAAAGAGAUGGCGAAAUAAUUAAAUUGUUAGUGAAGACAAAAUCUUAACCAAAGCUCAAUUUUAUCAAAUAGAUUUUGUUAAAAUCUGUUCUUCAGGCUUUUGUCUGAUACACAAGCUCAUGAACACAGGUCUCUCCUCAUGACGCUGAAGUUAGCUUCCGAUUCCCAUCUUCCAAUUCGCUGAAUGUAAGGGAUGAUUCCACGGAAUUUGCAGUGAUCUAGACAGCUCGUGAUCAAAAACUUCAACAUCGAGACUCUUCAAGCCUAGACUGAAAUAUCCUAAACAACAUCUAUAUUUAUGAAAACACAGUUUCUGAUUUGUGAAAUCUUUAUCUGUGAAAAUGUAAAUUUGCCUCAUUUUUUGAUUGUUUUGCAAUCUGGACCCACUUAGACCAGAUCUGUGAAAAAACUACAGCACGGGAUAUUUCAGUCUAGACUCUAGAUGUUUUGUUUUUUUUUGUGUGUGUGUGUGUUGUUUUUUUAUCAAGAGCUGUUUGUUGUGGUCUAGAUUGCUGCAAAUUCUGUGGAAUUACUUUUUACACAUUCUGAGAAUCGGAAGCUAACUUCAGCUAAGAUUCAAAACUUUAUUCUCAAGAAGUACCGGAAGGAGUGCUAUUUUAGUGUGAUCCUGGUUUACUUGACACCGGAGGUAGAAACCAUGGCCUAUUACCAAGACGCAAAUGAGACCGCUUUCGAUGUUGACGAAGUGAGAGAAAUUGUAAAAGAGGCAGUAGAAACAACAAUCGGAGAAAAUGCCUUCCAGCAAAGCAGAGUGCAUCAGUGGAGCAACAGUGUUGUGGAGCAAUGCCUCGGUCAACUAGGCAAGCUGGGCAAACCUUUUAAGUACAUCGUGAACUGUGUCAUCAUGCAGAAAACUGGAGCUGGACUUCAAACAGCCAGCAGCUGUUUCUGGGACAACGCAACCGAUGGAAGCUGUACAGUGAAAUGGGAGAAUGAGACAAUGUACUGCAUCAUUACUGUUUUUGGGCUGGCCAUUUGAAUCUACCAACAAAAACUAGUGUUUGAAGUUUGUGAUUUUCAAUAUUUUGAGUAUUCUCAUCUAGUUGCACAGUGCUGAGCAGAUGUUAUAUUUGUUAUAUUUAAAUAUGUUCAUUUUGAAAACAGGUUAAACUGCUGUUAUAUUUAAACAUUUUGCUAAAAUGUUACCCUUUUAAAUAAAGUUCCAUUCUUGAUAA